AGGAGGUCAAAGCAAAAUGAGGGAAAACAGGAACAUGCCAGAGUCUCCCUGUCAGGCGGGAAAAGAGAUGCCUGCGAAAAAGCAAAAACUGAGCAGCGAUGAGAACAGUAACCCCGAUCUGUCCGGAGACGAGAACGAUGAUGCUGUCAGUGUGGAGAGCGGGACAAAUGUCGAGCGCCCAGACACACCCACCAACACCGCCAAUGCCCCAGGCAGGAAGAGCUGGGGCAAGGGCAAGUGGAAGUCCAAGAAGUGCAGAUAUUCCUUUAAGUGUGUUAACAGCCUGAGGGAGGACCAUGGCCAGCCGCUGUUUGGAGUCCAGUUUAACUGGCAUAGCAAAGAAGGGGACCCCCUUGUGUUCGCCACAGUCGGCAGUAACAGGGUCACUCUGUACGAGUGUCACUCCCAGGGAGAGAUAAGACUGUUGCAGUCGUAUGUCGAUGCUGACGCAGACGAGAACUUCUACACAUGUGCCUGGACCUUCGACACCAACACCAGUCAUCCUCUUCUGGCCGUCGCCGGAUCCCGCGGCAUCAUUCGCGUCAUCAACCACAUCACCAUGCAGUGCAUCAAGCAUUAUGUGGGUCAUGGAAACGCCAUCAACGAGCUGAAGUUUCACCCCAGAGAUCCAAACCUCCUCCUGUCUGUAAGCAAAGAUCACGCUCUUCGCCUGUGGAACAUACAGACGGACACGCUUGUGGCCAUAUUCGGAGGUGUGGAGGGUCAUCGAGAUGAAGUCCUCAGCGCGGACUUUGAUCUCCUGGGUGAGAAGAUCAUGUCAUGUGGGAUGGACCACUCCCUCAAACUCUGGCGCAUCAACUCGGACAGGAUGCAGAAAGCCAUUCGUGGGUCAUACGAGUACAACCCUUCAAAGACCAACAGGCCGUUCGUCUCACAGAAGAUUCACUUCCCGGACUUCUCGACACGAGACAUCCACAGAAACUACGUGGACUGUGUGAGAUGGCUCGGAGACCUUAUUCUGUCCAAGUCAUGUGAAAAUGCCAUCGUUUGCUGGAAGCCAGGGAAAAUGGAAGAUGACAUCGAUCGAAUCAAACCAAACGAGUCCAACGUGACCAUCCUGGGACGCUUCGACUACAGCCAGUGUGACAUCUGGUAUAUGCGCUUCUCCAUGGACUUCUGGCAGAAGAUGCUGGCCCUGGGAAACCAAGUAGGGAAGCUGUACGUCUGGGACCUAGAAGUGGAAGAUCCUCACAAAGCCAAGUGCACUACACUGACACUCCCACGAUGCACUUCGGCCAUCCGACAGACCAGCUUCAGCCGGGACAGUAGCAUUUUAAUCGCCGUGUGUGACGACGCGUCCAUCUGGCGCUGGGACAGGCAGCGCUGAAGACACCCGGCAAAUGUACCACCAAGCCUCACAUUGUGUUAUUCCAGUUGGUCAGGGCGCCAGUGUAUGUCUUGGUCCCGAAGUCCUCGUGCAGAUGUUCGCUGUGGAGCGUGCCCACCCUGAGGCAUCAUUUACACUCUUAUUUAGUGCUGAAAAAUACUUCAGACAAGUGAAAAAAUAUCCAUCAGUUUCAGUUCUCCUCAGUGAAGGGACUGAAGUGACAUUAUUUAGAGACAAGGUGUUCGUCCCCCAGGUUCAACAAACUCACACUGAAUGCAAGAAAACCCUUGAAAUAAAUCAAUUUGUGCCAGAACUCAGUGAAAUUCUCAACCAAAUGACAAACUGUAUUUCAUCACUUGUUUAAAGAAAGUUGUUUUAACACCCAAUAGGAGAUUAAAUGACUUGUUAAUAUAUAUAAUUUUUUCAGUGUGUUUACAUUUAUAUCCAGUAACAUAACCAGUUAAAUGACAAACCUUUCCAAAGAUGAGUUUUGAUCACAUUCCUUUGUCUUUACAAUAUUCAGCUAGUUUGAUUUUCAGCGCAUUUACCGGAUGGAGACAGUGAGCUUGAAAAAAGGGUUUUGUAAAAGAGGCAAAAAUGUUGGUACUGAGGGGGAAAAAAGCUUUCUAUGCCCCCCCACAGACACAUAGACAUACAUACAUACAUGCAUACAUAUAGACACACAGUUAAGAGAAAGUAUUCAUGAGCUGUAAUUGAUUGAAAACCUCAGAAUGGAAAGGGACUUAUUUCUUAUUCUAAUUUUUUCUCCACAAAACCCCCAAAUAUGAAUACACUGAUACUGUCACUAGAAGAGUUGCUCCUAGCUUGAUUUGGAUUCAAAUAAAACCUAUU